AUGCCACACUACUGGACCUUCCCAGCCCAAGGUAUCAGCGCAGUCCUCCCUCCCAACUCCCAACGCUCUGAUCUUACCAUCCGCCAAUAUCUCAAUAUCUCGGCUGCGUAUCCUCCCUCCAGCGGUUUCGGCACCGUAGCACCCUACGCGGGUGAUGUGAUUGAGAUUGCGUGGCGGACAGAGGAGCAUGUGUCCUUGGAGCGAUCGUGGCAUUGUAUGCCCUGUCGACAGACCAAUCUGCACAACCGGACUCACGAGGAGUUUGACUGGGAGUCGUGUACUUACGACGAAAGUCCCCCCCGCCUCUUCUCUCUCCCCAUCCACCUAGACUCACCCCAGAAACCCACCGGCUCCCACCACACCAGCCCUCUGACCCUGCGCUGGCCCUACGAGCUCCAAUCCCGCGCCCUACUCUGCACCUUCACCAUACCCGGCAUCUUCCCCGCCGGCCUCAGCAUCGCCUUCCCCUUCCUCAACACCGACCCGCCGCCCGGCCGCGGCCCGCACGUUUUUACGCGCGACGCGAUGCGUGGUGUGCCGGUUGUGUUGUACAGGCCCGACGGGACGAAGGGGGGAUGGGUGCUCGGGUUCUUGCUGCUGCUGGUUCUGGUCGGAGGGGCGCUGGCGGGGAGGAGGUUUUGGGUGGGGAGGGCGGUGGAGGUGUUGAGGGAGGGGAUGGAGAGGGUUAGGGGACGGGGGUGUCGAUUUGGUUUUCAGAGCGCGUUGUUUAUUGGGCCCUCUGUUCUCAAAGUCUUCGGUCUUGUUUGGUUCCAAGUCGAUGUUCUUGUCCAAUCCCAGUCUCUCUAA